AUGUGGGAACUCCCUGCCAUCGGCCACUUCCUCUGCCUGGCCCAGGCAGCUCUCAACCUCCCGGAGAUAGUGUUCUUUGAGCUGGAGCGGUGUCUUCUCAUGCCUCGCUGCAGCGUCUUCCUCUCCAAGAUCAUGAGUUCACUUCUCUGCCAGCCCCAGAGGAGGGGGACGCUCCACCGCCGCCCAGCCCUCACAUACCGCCGCUGGGAGUCCGAGCUGCGUCAGAGGGUGCAGGGCUGGUACUAUGCUAUGGGUACGGCGGAGGACCAGGGCUGGAUGGCUGAGCAGCUUGGCCUCUCCCAUCAGUUCUUCAGGACGGCCGGGGAGGUUAACCCCCUGGAGGAGAACCCCUUCCAUCUCUUACCCUUCAUUCAGCGUGUGUGGCUGCUCAAAGGCCUGUGUGACAACGUGUAUGAGACCCAGAAGGACGUGCAGGACGCUGUGCUGGGCCAGCCCAUCCACGAGUGCCGUGAGUCCAUCCUGGGCUACGACGGGAAUGAGAACGCCUAUAUCCACUUCCCGCACUUCUGCGGGGCGGACCUGCGUAUCUACUGCCAGAGUGCCAGCAUGCCCCCUGACUUCCCCUUUCCAGCUGUCUGGGUCAGGCGGGUGGAGCCUGAUGAGGGAAUAUCAGAGGACUCAGACGAGCAGAAGGACUCUGAGCAUCUGGUUUCCAUGAAGACGGAGGACUAUGAGGAGAAACCUAGUUCUAGCAGAAUGAGUGGUGGUAGGAUUAAAGGGGAGAACGGGAGCAGGGGUGGGCAAUUUCACACAUGGGGAAUGGAGGAGGAGGAUGAGGACUCUUCUGUUUCUGAUGAGGAUGUUGAUAAGGAGGACUGUAAGCCUAAUCAGAACAGACACACUGGCUCUUCUGCUCCCUCCUCACAUAUCAAUGACUUUGUGGGCAGAGGGAGUAUGAAGAAAAAGCCACAGGAAGUGGAAUAUAGGCCUGAUAGACUCCAGGUGAAACAGGAAGAGGGGUUGGACUCAUCCUCCUCAGGGUCGUCCUCAGAGUCAUGCGAGACGCGUCUCAGUGUGGGGGAACACAGCUAUACGGGGAAGUCCCCUGCUCGCCCUGGUGGGAUAACAGGUAGGCCUAGUGUGGCUGUACUAAUGAGACAGACUGAUUUUAAAGUCGACAUGGACAAACUCACUGAGGAGCCGAGGCCAUGUCCAAGAUGUGUCUCCAAAACGGGGGCAAAGUCAGAGGACAAUCAUCGCUGCCGUUGUGCCAAGAACAAGGCAUCAACAACCUCAGCUUCAGGGGCUGGCCACCCCCGCAAGAUGAACUUGACAGAGGAUAAGAUGGACAGGAUUCGGGCCAAGAAAAAGAAAAGGAAAAAAAAGAGGGAACUACGUGCAACAGGUGGACAGCGCAGACCAGACAGGACCCGACUCUGCAAUGCCAAGUCGGCUAAAUCCACCCUCCAGAGAGCUGCUAUCGCCAUCAAGAAAAAGGACAAGAGAAAAAAACGCAAAAUGGGUGAGUAAAAUAACUUUCUGCUUUGCAUGCUAAUCCUGUCUUCCUACAUUAAGCUUUUGCAGUUGUUAGGCCAAAUAAUGUAAAAUCAGUCAAGAGACUAACACAUAGUUGCCACCUGUUUGUUUUAAAUUAAUUCAAAUGUUUUGGGCGAUUUAAUGUCUUAAUUACGCAAUAAAAUAAUAUUUCUCAACAGGAAAAAAGCUGUCUUCAAAGAAGAAACCUCAACUCCCAGUUGAACUUGGAUUUAGGGUAAGCCCCACAGUUCAAAUGUAAAAAAAAAAAUAUAUAUUUUUUUUUAAGGCAAAAUAUGGAAUAGGAAUUAAUAUGCAAUUUGAAUCCAUGCAUGCUCUUCCCCCAUCUGGCUCUCUUCAUCCAGUUGGUGUGCACCAGUCUAGAGGAUCUGAGGGAACUCAUCAGCAGGACAGAGGAUGAGCUUGAUGAGCUGGAGAGCACCAAAAAGAGAUCUGUUAAUAAAGUAAUACAUAUUUUAUUUUUUGGUAGUUUGGCUUAUCAAAAAGCAUUAUAAACAGAAACAACUUUUACAUACAGUAUGGAUGGACUACAUCGAUACAAUGUAAAAGUUAAUGAUAGAGGGAACACAUUUAUAUAGCUUGUCUACUAUGGAAGUAUACAAAAUAGAGGAUACGAGGGAGAAUACGAAAUACAGUGGUUAAUGCUUUCAAGCAUUGCGUUUUGUUUAUUCUUGACGUCAUGUGUUUGAUGGAUUUACAGGAAAGGUGGUAUUUCAGGAGAAAAGCAGUGAAAGAUCUACACAUCACUCUCAUAAGACUGCUCAACGAGCUCUCCCCAUGGGAACCCAAACUGGUCAAGGCUUUCCAUAGAAACCGGUAAGACGCUUGCCUGAAGGCAGUUAUAUCAUCCUAAAGCUGUGUUUACAAAACAUGUCCGGCAAAACACAUCACUGACUCCUCAAUGCCUGUUAUAAUGUCAUCUGUCCCCACAGGCUACGUUUAAAAAAGGAUUAUGACGACUUCAAAAAGCACCCUGACUAUGAAAACUUUGUCAGAGAGGAGUGGAAGGCAGAGGAUGUGGACAGAAGCACAGGUGACAACAACAGACUGACUGAAGAGGAGGAACAGCAGGACCAGACAGUUCAGAGAAUUCUGUGGACAGGAGGUAAAUUGUGUUUUAUUUGUUGGUACAAUGGAAUAAUAAAGGACAGGAGCAGCAUAUACUAAGGAGGUAAAGUGUGUUUAACCUGCACCCUCUUGGUUAGGUCGUUCUUAAUAAUUUACCUAGUUAAAUUAAUAAAUAUGCAUUGAAACCACAUAAUAACAUUUUGAAUCAGUUGAAUAGUAUUGUCAGGGCAAUUUAGAAUUAAUACAUUGAAUUUGAUCUUUUUGCAGAGGACUCAGUGCAGCUUGGAACAGAGGCAUUGAGAGGCAGCUUCACCGUGGUAACCAGACAAGAGAAGUUGACCUUGAAUGAGAAUAGACCUUCCACUCGGGGCUUGAAGCGCCUGCACAGCGGUAUAGACGAGGACCCAAGCCUCAUUAAGAGAGGCAGGAUUGGCAGUAACGAGAUGACAACUUCUCCUGAAGGAUCAGAAAUGGAAAACCGACCCAGGGAAGCAAAUCCAGCAGCACAGCAGGCUGGAGAGACAAGCCCAGUUGUUGUAACUCCUAUGGCUGGUUUCCAAAGGACCUACAAGCCUAUUCAGCUACAUACCCUGCUGGCUAAGAGUGUUGGGAAUAAGGUGACCUUAAUUCAUCAUCAGCCUGGUACAGGUGUUAUCAGCCAAAUUGGUCAGGCACAAAGCAAGGACUGUGCUUCUUCCCUGCAAGCUACCAAACUUCAACCUUCUUUACCACAAAGCUCUCGACACCUACCACAACCACCAACAACAACACCAACAUCUAAACACUCACAUACGGUCCAUACCACACCCAUACCAAAGAGCCCCAUACAGGUUGUAUACAAGAUGCCUGAGGGCAUGGAUGUGGUCAGGAAAGAUGGAAGCCCUGUGAAAAUCGAAGUACAGCCAAUUCUGGACCAGAAAACAGGGAAUAAGAAAAUGCAGCGAGUGGUCAUCCUGCCCUCGAACUUGCUCAUUCAUAAGUCAGAGGAUAAAAGUCUGCCCCAGCAACCAAGGACAAUCCAGGUCCCAGCCUCCAAAGAGUCCACUCCACUGUCACAAAACUCUGGAUUCACCAUGCCUCAAAGUCAUGACAACCGGAUCCCUAUACAACAAGUGGCACCGCUAAAGGGAAGAACACCCUCUCCUACCGUCUCUCCUAGGUUGCAGACUACAUCUCUAACACCAGGCUACAAGGUUGUCCAACUCCCUGGUCGCAAAGCGAGUAGCACUACCCAAAAUGUUAUACCAAAUAGAUCACCAUCCAACCCCACCAGUGCAGCUUCUACUGAUCCAAGCAAACCUCCGGACCCUAAACAAGAACUGAAGACCGUGUGCAUCAGGGACUCGCAGUCCAUUCUAGUCACCACUAGGGGGGGCAACACUGGCGUGGUCACGGUGCAGUCGUCUGACCAGAGUACAAAUGGUUCGAUACCUGCCAGCCCUGUCAUCACCAUCUCUCCACAGUUCAAAGCCUUCCUGGUGUCCAAGACCUUUCCACCUGCUGCCCCUACAGUCCCUGUAGUCACCAGCUCACCUGUAGCCCAGUCGCAAUCUGGACCUUCACUGUUACGGUCUUCAGCUGUCACAAGUUCAACAACUACACGCCAGUCUCCGAUCACUGUUGGCAUUCCAAUGGCCACAGGUCAGACGGCUAGCUCUGCUGUUACCGUUGCUAUAAACCAGGGCUGCACUGUCUCAUCUACACUUGCUGUUAACGCACAGCUACCUAAAAGCAUCGUCACUGUACCUGGUAACCCAGCAGGUGCCACCCAGACGUCUCUGGUCCAGUGUGUCACCAAACCUGUUCUGAAAAGGGUAAGUCCAGAUGAGCGGUCCCUCCCAUUCACUAAGUUCAUCCUGGUCUCUCCCUCCUCGAACAACACAUCUGUGGCUGCAACCAAAGUCACUUCCACCACGGCUCCCUCUGCUCUUCCAGGGCAAAGUUUGAUGUUUAUCAGCCAAUCACCAUCCACCAGUAUUCCAAAACCGGCAUCAUCAGUGUCUGGACCCACCACACAAUCCCUGACCACGUCGAUACCCAAUGAAGCGAUGAAGAUCGGACUCGACCUUGGUCAAGCUAUUGGCAGCGCUAACUUCAGAGCUUUGAAUAAGGUCCAGAGUAUCAAUCUACUUCCAGGUUCUCAGAUAAGGCUACCACAGCAGGCAAACCUUUGCAGGCCAGUUAGUGCACUCGCACAAUCUACUUUAAAAAGCACAUUUGUAUCUGCCUCAAAGUCGGGCCUUCUUGCAACCACAUCGUCUCAUAUUGUCACUAGCACUGCACAUUUGCCAUCCUCCACACUGCUGACUGGAUCUCAACUACAAGGCACCCCUUCAUCCUCUGUGAUCCCCAAUCUAAGCAAGGUAGCUGGGCAGCCAGGGUCUUCUAUAAUCAGAGGUUUGAUCCCCAGCAACACACAACUACCUGUGUCAGUCACUACACCGCUAAGCCCUGUCAAAACAUUCCCCCUCACAUCACCGGCCCAGGUUUCUCAGUCUCAGAACUCUAUCGGUGUCGCCACACAUGCUCAGAUGAUAAGCACUCCACAGUCUCCAACUGCCCCUAUAUCCACUCAGCAGUCCUCUCCAGUACAGCCGGCUGGCAAUACCAAUCCUGUCUCUAGCACCACCACCACCACCACUUUGCAACAAAAGAUUGUCAUCAACACCACCGCUACGCUUGCAGGCGGCACGCAGAUUCUGCUCAACAACACCCGUUUUGUUGUUCCUCCUCAAGGCCUUGGGCCUGGCCAGCAUGUCCUCAUCAUUUCCAGCCCUGCAGUGCCUGUGGCAGCUCCUAGUCCCAGGGGAGCGAGCCCAACCACCGGUGUCCCACGAGGGCCAACGUUACCUGGGCUAGCCCUACCUGCACAAGGCCCCAGAAUGGCCACACCACCAGGGACACACCAGCCUCAACAAGCAGCACUUAGAUCCCCAACCCUGGCAGCACCAUCCACUGCGAAAGUUGGACCCUCUCUCCCUGUCUCUUUCACCGUCCCUCGCCAGAUGGUGGCUGUUCGAGCCCCACUAUCGGCCACCAGCACCACCACCAACAGUUCUCCACAAGUUUCACACUGGCUCCCUGCUCCGGCCACCAUACACACUGGCCUAGCUCAUGUGGUGGCAGCUCCACAUUUAACUCAACCUGAAGGGAUGGGCGGCUUCUCACUCUCUUCCGUGCCAGGAAGUCCCAGCGCAGCUCAAACGGCAGGAGUUCCACAAAGCCCAUCAAAACGGCUCCCUUUGCACACAGCACUUGGUGUCAACGCACCACUCAAAGCACAGCAGCUAAUGUCAUUCAUGCAACCUAUGGGAGCAGUCUCCACCCGGACGAAGGUGCUGCCGACGGUAGCUGUUCCCCCAAUAGGGAGCACUGUCUCCAGGAUGCAGACUCUACCCGUGGCAACCAUACCACCCAUCGGGAGUGCCUUCAGUAGCAAACAGGCAUCUCCUGUGGUAACUGUGCCUCCAUCCAACUGCACUAUAAUCAUGACACCAGCACAACCUAUCAGGACGGUAAUGUCGGCAGAGACUAUCCGCAUGCCCACUGUUUUAUCCAAUCCUCAGCAGCUGCAAAUACUGGGCCUGGGCAAGCCCCCUUUGCAGCCUUUACAGGUGCCUGAAUCAGCAGUGCAAACAACCAGCCCCCCCACCAAGCAACUAGUGAGUCCUGAUGGUGCUGUUUUAAACAUGGAUAGAGGCCCUACCACCAACACAGGCCUGCCAGAGAUGGCUAACAAGUCUUUGGCUGCGUUGAUUGUUACUCCUAACUCUACUGGGAGAGUGCCGUUGCAUAGCGUAAAUACUGAGAAUCCCUUAAUGCCUACCCAGGCUGACAGAAGUGGACCUAUCAAAUGAAAGACUGAGACUGAAAGCAAGUACCAGUGUCUGUGAUGAAGC